GUGGAGCGUUGGUGGAAAUGAUGUGUCUUGGUAAAAAGUCGUCUUCUCAAGGGGCCGACGGCUUUUCCAAAUUUCCGAGUCCAGCUCUCUUCCUCUCGCCAAGGGGUUCUUCGCACCAGUGAUUAAUCUUCUGACUCUUCUCUUCGGCUCUUCGCGUCGUCUCCCCGACUGUACACACUUGCAGGGCAUCUCGUCGGCGGUUGGUGGCCACCCACUCGCAAGAUCUCGUUUUUCUGCAGUCGGAUCUGGCCGGGAAGUUGAGAGGAUCGAAAGGAGAAUCGAGGACUUGGGUUCCUUUACUGGAUCUGGGAGGAGAUGGCCUUGUCUGGAAUGAGAGGUCUCUCCGUCUUCAUUAGCGACGUGAGGAACUGCCAGAACAAAGAGCAGGAGCGACUCAGAGUUGAUAAGGAACUUGGCAACAUCAGGACUCGUUUCAAAAAUGAAAAGGGUUUAUCACCGUAUGAGAAGAAGAAAUAUGUUUGGAAGAUGCUUUACAUAUACAUGCUUGGAUAUGAUGUAGACUUUGGUCACAUGGAAGCUGUCUCUUUAAUAUCUGCACCAAAGUAUCCUGAAAAGCAGGUUGGAUACAUAGUUACAUCGUGCUUGCUAAAUGAGAACCAUGACUUUCUAAGAUUGGUGAUAAAUACUGUGCGCAAUGAUAUUAUUGGGCGUAAUGAAACUUUCCAGUGUUUGGCCUUGACGAUGGUUGGCAAUAUUGGUGGGAGAGAGUUCGCAGAGUCAUUGGCACCUGAUGUCCAAAAAUUACUUAUUUCCAGUAGCUGUAGACCACUUGUGAGAAAGAAGGCUGCUUUAUGUCUAUUACGCUUGUAUAGGAAAAAUCCUGAUGUUGUCAAUGUGGAUGGCUGGUCUGAUCGCAUGUCACAACUUCUAGAUGAACGUGAUUUGGGUGUUCUGACAUCUGUUAUGAGCCUCCUUGUUGCAUUAGUAUCAACUAACCAUGAUGCAUAUUGGAGUUGUCUUCCAAAAUGUGUAAGGAUUUUGGAGAGGCUUGCUAGGAACCAAGAUGUUCCACAAGAUUACACCUACUAUGGCAUCCCAUCUCCCUGGCUACAGGUUAAGACAAUGAGGGCUCUUCAGUAUUUUCCAACCAUUGAAGAUCCAAAUACUAGAAGAUCAUUGUUUGAGGUUUUACAACGUAUUCUAAUGGGAACUGAUGUUGUGAAAAAUGUCAACAAGAACAAUGCAUCACAUGCUGUUCUUUUUGAGGCCCUUGCACUGGUCAUGCAUCUUGAUGCUGAAAAGGAGAUGAUGUCUCAAUGUGUUGCAUUGCUUGGGAAAUUUAUUGCUGUUCGUGAACCAAAUAUUCGAUAUCUUGGUCUUGAGAACAUGACUAGGAUGUUGAUGGUAACAGAUGUGCAGGACAUUAUCAAGAGACAUCAAGCUCAGAUCAUCACCUCAUUGAAGGAUCCUGAUAUCAGCAUUCGGAGACGUGCUCUUGAUUUGCUAUAUGGUAUGUGUGAUGUUACAAAUGCAAAGGACAUAGUUGAAGAGUUGUUACAGUAUCUGAGCACAGCAGAUUUCGCAAUGCGUGAGGAAUUGGCAUUGAAAGCUGCUAUUCUUGCUGAGAAAUUUGCCCCUGAUCUAUCAUGGUAUGUGGAUGUGAUUCUUCAGCUGAUUGACAAGGCAGGAGAUUUUGUAAGUGAUGACAUAUGGUAUCGUGUUGUUCAGUUCGUUACAAACAAUGAGGAUCUUCAGCCUUAUGCAGCUGCAAAGGCAAGAGAUUAUCUUGACAAGCCUGCUGUACACGAGACAAUGGUUAAGGUCAGUGCAUACAUCCUUGGGGAGUACAGCCAUCUUUUGGCAAGACGGCCUGGUUGUAGCCCUAAAGAAAUCUUUAGCAUCAUACAUGAGAAGCUACCUACUGUAUCGACUUCUACUGUUGCCAUUCUUCUUUCGACAUAUGCUAAGAUUUUGAUGCACACUCAACCACCUGACCCAGAAUUACAGGACCAAAUCUGGGCAAUAUUCAACAAAUACGAGAGUUGCAUUGAUGCUGAGAUACAACAGCGAGCUGUUGAAUAUUUUUCAUUAAGUAGGAAGGGUGCAGCUUUAAUGGAUAUAUUGGCUGAAAUGCCCAAGUUCCCUGAGCGUCAGUCUUCCUUGCUUAAAAAAGCUGAAGAUACCGAACUUGAUACUGCGGAGCAAAGUGCAAUCAAGUUGCGUGCCCAGCAGCAGCAGCAGGCUUCGAAUGCUUUGGUUGUUACUGACCAACGUCCUGCCAAUGGAUCUUUACCUGUUGGUCAACUUAGUCUUGUCAAGAUGCCUAGUAUGAGCAUUAAUGUGGAUGCUGAUGUAGCGGGCCAAGGGUUGACCAACACAAAUGGAACCUUAAGCAUUGCAGAUCCCCAACCUGCCACACCUUCAGCAGAUCUCCUUGGCGAUCUUUUGGGUCCACUGGCCAUUGAAGGUCCUCCCAGUGCUGUAGCCCCUUCUGAACAAAAUCUUAUGUCAGGAUCAGGAUUAGAGGGUGUUUCAAAUGCAAUGGAUGCCUUAGCUCUUGCUCCUGUUGAAGAGCAGUCAAAUUCAGUUCAGCCCAUAGGAAAUAUUGCUGAAAGGUUUCAUGCUUUAUGCCUGAAGGAUAGUGGUGUACUAUAUGAAGACCCUUAUAUUCAGAUUGGAAUAAAAGCUGAGUGGCGGGCCCACCAUGGACGUCUCGUGCUUUUCUUGGGGAAUAAAAAUACAUCCCCUCUUGUUUCAGCUCAAGCUCUAAUAUUGCCACCUUCCCAUUUGAAGAUGGAGCUCUCAUUAGUACCUGAAACUAUUCCUCCAAGGGCACAGGUGCAAUGCCCACUAGAAGUUGUGAAUCUUCGCCCCAGUAGAGAUGUAGCUGUUCUCGAUUUCUCUUAUAAGUUUGGAACUACAAUGGUCAAUGUCAAGCUUCGCCUUCCUGCUGUCUUGAAUAAAUUUCUUCAGCCUAUAUCUGUGACUGCAGAAGAGUUCUUUUCCCAAUGGAGAUCACUUUCUGGACCCCCUUUGAAGCUUCAAGAAGUGGUUAGAGGAGUAAGACCAUUAUUUCUUCCCGAAAUGGCCAACUUGUUCAAGAGCUUUCAGUUGAUGGUUGCGCCAGGACUUGAUCCAAAUCCAAACAAUCUGGUUGCAAGCACAAUGUUCUACUCCGAGAGCACUCGUGCCAUGCUUUGCUUGAUUAGGAUUGAAACAGAUCCAUCGGACAGAACCCAACUUCGAAUGACAGUUGCCUCAGGAGAUCCAGUACUAACUUUUGAGUUGAAGGAGUUCAUCAAGGAACUAUUAGUUAGCAUUCCCAAACCAUCCAUUGCACCUGCCCCAGCGCCGCCCCAGGUGCAGCCAGUCAGUCCAGCUGCGGGUUCUCUGGAUCCUGGUGCCAUGCUUGCUGGUUUGCUUUGAAAAUUGGAACAUAUGGGAUUGUGCAGAUUCGCAAAUUUGCUUACUUCGGUUGUACCUGAUUUACAAAACCUACCCAUCGGUGCCUCGAAUUUUGAGGUAGGGUUAGGGGCAUGGUACAAUGCAAGGGCUGGCGGGAAUCAGAGCUCAUUGUGAUUAGCUUAGUAUCUGAGUGUAUUUUUUUUUCCGAGUUCGGUCGGGAAUUCUAGAUUCUUUCAGGGCAUUUUCUUGGUGCCUAUUGGUGAGAUGAUGAUAUGUUGGGUGAUAUUUUUUUUUCCUCUUUUUCUUUUGUAUGUUUCGCUGGUUUCUGUAAUCUGAUAAUAGAAAUGUAUAAGCCAAUGCAUGAAGUCAUUGUAAAAGUUUUCAUUUGUGAUCUAUGCAUAUUUAUAUAUUGAAUAAGAACAGGAAAAAGUAAGAAAAUGUUUUGA